GAAGAAGAGACGUCAUGUGAUACGCUAGCUGGUGGAAGCAGAAUGAACUAGCUAGUGUCCCAUCAACUAUACCAUUAGGCUGCGAAUAUUAACAUUUAAAGGCAUACAUCUGUAAACCACCGUUUAAAGGAAUAAGACAAGGCGCUGCUGGCCGCUAAUUUCCCACACAAAAAAAACAAAAAUGACGGCGGCGGUAUUUUUCGGCUGCACUUUCAUCGCCUUCGGCCCAGCCAUCUCUCUGUUCCUGUUUACAAUCGCCCGGGAUCCACUGAGGGUCAUUUUCCUCAUAGCAGGAGCUUUUUUCUGGCUGGUGUCUCUGCUGCUGGCCUCUCUUGUGUGGUUCAUCUCGGUUCAGAUCAGUAAUAAGGACAGCGCGACACAGCAGAAAGGUCUCCUCAUCUUCGGCGUGGUGCUCUCCGUCCUGCUGCAGGAAACCUUCCGCUUCGCUUACUACAAGCUGCUGAAGAAAGCUAAUGAAGGCCUCCUCACUCUCAGUCAGGAGGAAACCAUGCCGAUCUCCAUACGACAGCUGGCCUACGUGUCCGGACUCGGCUUCGGCUUCAUGAGUGGAGCGUUCUCGGUGGUGAACAUCCUGGCGGACUCUGUGGGACCGGGGACUGUCGGGAUCCAUGGAGACUCGCAGCACUACUUCCUGUCCUCAGCCUUCAUGACCCUGGCCAUCAUCCUGCUUCACAUGUUCUGGGGCAUCGUCUUCUUUGACGCCUGCGAGAAGCAGCGUUGGUGGGCGGUGGCUGCUGUCGUCAUCAGCCACCUCACCGUUUCCUGUCUGACCUUCCAGAACCCCGAGUAUGUCGGCAGCCUGGUUCCCACCUACGUCAUCUUGUUCCUGAUGGGCGUCUGGGCGUUUUACUCGGCCGGCGGCUCCCUCAGGAACCUCAAACUCUGCAUCACCUGCAAAGACAGGGACUUCCUGCUCGCCAACCACCGGCCCAGAUAACGCAGCAUGCCCUGGCAGUGUGCAGGACUCUCUAUCCAAAGAUCACCGAGUUCAGACACACACACACACACACACACACACACACACACACCGAACACAGCAAAGAAGCAGUGUUGACCUCCUGUUAAUCUGCUGUUUCACUUAAGAGGCAUUUCAUCAUCUUAAAUCUAAAAAAAAAGUGUUACCAAACAUAAAAGCAAAAGCAGUGGAAGUUCCUUGAAGGAAAGGAACAAAAAAAAUGAUCAUUUAGAUUCCAGCCCAGAGGCUUUUUGGUUUGUAUGAUGAGGUUCUGUCCAAAAAUUCCAGUAUAAUCUGAUAUCUGGCUGAUAGUGUUCCCCAUUUGACGCCCGACACUCUAAAAGAAACAACAAACCGACUAAUGGUAUUUUAAGUUGGCGUCACUCUUUACAUUCUGUACAUAUUCCAAUGUUUUCCACUUUUCUGACGGCUGUCUUUCUUUCAAAUGACGUGUGAACUCUUUGUGUAAAUAUUUAUGCAUUUUUAAUUUCCUGAUGUGUAGAUAGUGAGAAGUUUUAACCCCCUUUUCAUGAUGCGAUCUCUUUAGUCUGUGUAAGAACUUGCCUUUGAUUUGAAAUGACAACUGAAUGAAUGAUCUACGGAAGCUGAGAGGGGACACACGGACUGGUGAUUAGUUGUCUUGAGGUCACGACUUAAUUACUUCUGUUGGAAAUAUUUAUUAAGUCACCGUGACCUUUAGUUGUUUGAUUUCAUGCUUGAGUAUUUUGCUCUUCAUCAAAGAUAACGGUUACUAAUUUAAAGGCUAAAUGCACAAACAAUUUCAUUUAAACAAAUUUCAUUUGCGUGGUUGUGUGGUCAUUAUUAUUUCUCCUCUUGUUAUCCCAAAUCGCUCUAACAUAUCACAAGUUUUGUCCCGCAGGAGUUAGAACAUUUUAAUUGGUACCGGCAGCAGCAGCUGUCAGCAACCUGAGAAGAAAAAUGUUUAAUAUCGCAGAGUACCACGAUACUAAAGUCCUUAUCUGAAGGUAACUGGAGUCAAAUAAAAACUCUCAGCUUCUAUAUAGAUUAGCAGACGGCUCAUGUACUUUAUUUCUCACUCUCCUGUGUACACAAACCCACAAUUCUAAAUUCAUAAAUACACCAUGAACAGGUGGAAGUGUUGGCUCUGGGAUCUUUGAAUGUUCAGUUUUUUUGUUUGUUUUU